AGAACAGAAGCGGAUCUCCCGCCAAAUCGCUUUGUUAGGGCGCUAGCUGUUCAGUCGGCCAAUCAGAACGGACCGCGCUCAACGUUCGCGCGCGCGCCUUUAUCAAAAACCCGAUAAUGCUUCCGAAGCGGACUUCGCUAAGCAAUAAUAAAAUCACUUAAAAUAAACCGUUUAUCAACCACAAGCCACAACACUGGCGACCUCCGCGCCGCGAACACAUCCUUUGUUCACAGAAAAUAAAAAAUUAAAAUUAAAAAAUAAACAAAAUCCGCGGCAGUCCGGUUUCUUUCCCGCGCCGAAUCGGCUCCGAAAUGAAAUAAAAAGUUUGUUGGCGGGAACAAUAAAUACUCACAAUGGUGCCGAAUCACUGGGCGCUGGUAGUGUUGCUGGUGCAACUGGUCAGAUGCAGUGAGAACAAUGUUAAUAUAGGAGGACCUGAGCCAGCAUGGGGUUACAAAUGCGUGUCAGACGUAGGCUGCCAACGCUCAGACAAGCCCAUCACAGCCUCCGAGACCACAUUAUUCGAGAGCCUCGACUUGUGUCGGACCCUCUGUGGUCGGUUCGGCGGGAUCUGGCCUAGGCCGGUCACGGCUGCGCUGAGCAUGCAGACUGUGAAGAUACACCCUAACUAUUUGAGGUUUGACCUCAUCGACGUACCUGCCGAAACCCGUCCUAUCCUAGUGAAGAUGACCCACGUGGUCACCGCAAACCUGAUGGCGGAAUGUGGCGGCAACGUCACAGAGGUCGUGCCCACCCCGGUGGUUAUCUACACGUCAGUAAAGUCCGCGGACACGAGUCUCACGUGGACCACGGAUGAGCAGUACGCUUUGGAUGUCCAGAUAAAGGAAGAUACCGUCGCCGUCCACAUAUUCGCUGAAACCAUCUACGGCGCCCGCCACGCGCUUGAAACCUUCACCCAACUAGUCGCAUCAGACCGUCCGGACUUUCCCGGACACACCCGCUGCGGGCUCCGUCUGGUCUCCGGCGCUAAAGUCCGGGACAGACCCGUCUACAAACAUAGAGGCCUGACCCUGGAUACUUCUAGAAACUUCAUACCGCUGAGGGAUAUAAAGAGGACGCUCGAUGGCAUGGCGGCGACGAAGAUGAAUGUUUUCCAUUGGCAUGUGACGGAUUCCCAUAGUUUCCCGUUGGAGUCGACACGUGUACCACAAUUUACAAGAUUUGGUGCUUAUUCAGACUCCGAAGUAUACACAAGAGAAGAAGUAAAAGAUUUGAUAGAGUACGCUAAAGUACGGGGCAUACGCGUCGUCAUCGAAAUCGACGCGCCCGCUCACGCCGGCAACGGCUGGCAGUGGGGCAAGCAAGCCGGCUACGGGGACCUAGCUGUUUGUGUGAACGAGAAGAAUUGGCGGAUGCUUUGCAUCCAGCCGCCUUGUGGGCAACUCAACCCAGCCAACCCAGCCAUGUACCGAGUGCUCAAAGACUUGUACAGAGACAUCGCCGAAGUGCUGCCCAGGCCUGCUUUGUUCCACAUGGGAGGUGAUGAGGUAUAUUUCGGCUGCUGGAACUCCUCAGAACAGAUAGUGAGCUACAUGAGAGAUAAAGGCUUCGAGAUAAACUCUGAUGGUUUCAUCCGCCUCUGGGCAGAGUUCCACGCCCAAGCUCUACAGAUUUGGGACGAGCAACUUAAAGAAGCUACUGGUGAAGACAAGCAGCCAGUCAUGCUGUGGUCUUCUGAGCUGACUAACCCGCAGAGGAUACAGAGAUAUUUGGAUAAAGAGAGAUACAUCAUCCAAGUCUGGGAACCAGUGGAGAGCCCCGAGCUGAUCCAACUCCUCCGCCUCGGUUACCGCGUGGUCUCCGUACCCAAGAACGUAUGGUAUCUAGACCACGGGUUCUGGGGUACCACCAAGUUCGCCAACUGGCGGAGAAUGUACGCCCAUAUGCUGCCCAGCAGUGAGACUGGGGUCCUUGGGGGGGAGGUUGCUAUGUGGACGGAGUAUGUCGACCAACAUGUUCUGGACACGCGAGUGUGGCCGCGAGCGGCCGCGGUGGGCGAGCGGCUGUGGUCGGACCCGUCCUCCGGCGCGGGCGCCGCCGAGCCGCGCCUGCAGCGCCUGCGCGCCCGCCUCGCCGCGCGCGGCCUGCGCCCCGACGCGCUGUCGCCCGCCUGGUGCACCCAGCACGACGGCAGAUGCUUAUAGUACUCUUUUAUACACUAUUUUCCCUGCCAGUACACUUGCACCAUUCCACCAACGCGGGGUUAACCGAUUAAACCUGGAGUCACCAUCAUCAUCAUUUCAGCCAUAAGACGUCCACUGGUGAACAUAGGCCUCCCCCUUAGGGGGGGUGAAUGCCAUAAUCGCCACGCUUGGCAGGCGGGUUGGCGAUCGCAGUCGAGUACACCGAAUUUGAGGGACGCUGCUGCCCGUCCACCGAGUUGCCAUGAGUUACCAUGGUUACCAGUAACUUGGUCACUGGGUUAAUGGUUUAAUCGUUUAACCCCGGGUUAGUGGGUGGUGUAUUUUAAACCCAGUUAGUCCAACUUCGAAUAAUUUAUAAUUCUCGUUCGAAAUGCAAAAUCCCGAACACAUUUGCUUGGGUGCCUUAGAAAUCCUGGCUAAAUCUGUCGCGUCGUCACUUGUUUUUACCCGAGAUUAGAUCAUUUUUUGUCCGAAGUUAGAUUACACGGUAUAAAUCGGUGUAUACUGACAUGAUGGUGCUUUUUUAACGCAUCCAUGGACCAUGGUUGUCGAUAAAUGUUACCUUUGAUGGUUGAAUGUGUGUGAAGUUGAAACAUAAACUUGUCGAAUGUAGUAGUACACGAGCGCAUGGUAAGAUCGCUUCGAAUCUCAACUUGAUUAGGUAAAUUAUAAUUAUAGUUAUUACCUAAACUUAUUAAAGUAAGUAUGUAGUACUUAUAACAUUACGUUGUCUUUGUUCUGCCGUGCUAUAUAUACUUUAGGUACCUGUCUGGAUACUACUGUUGUACCUACUGUAUCUAAAAUGUGAACUAGACGUACCUAUAUAUACCUUUGGGAUGAGAUGCGACAUCCGAUCGAAAUGUCAUUCAGACAUUGAUUCCAUAUUCACAUCAAUUCAUUCAAUCAGUUUCCUUAUUACCUAAUCAUAGGUACAUAUUUCUUACAUCAUAAUUAUCAUAUCAAUCAUCAAUAAACAUGUCGGAAAAUGCAACGAGGCUGAAAUACCAAUAGGUGUCUCUUUUUUAGCUCUCUAUAUCACACGUAAAAACGUAGAAGAAAAUGUUUCCAUGUAGGAGAUAUUUAUGUAAGACGAAUGACGAGUUAUACAUUACUUGAACUGUAUAGUUGAAAUUUUCUGAGGUGAUUUUUUGGACUUAAUCUUCUCGAGAGAGAGGUAUAGGGUUGGAGACGGCAUAGCUUUAUUUGACGUUCAUAAGUGCAUUGUAAUAUGCCUACUUCAAUAAUAAACUAUCUUUAUCUGUUAAACAAAAGCCUUUAUUUCUUUUAUGCAGCGCGGUCAGUCAGCACCCGUCUUCGGCACGAGCCAAAAGCUACAAUGUGCCAGUGGUAGUAGUAACCGCUGCAUAAAAUAAACAAUACCUUUUGUUCAACAGAUUAGGGGUUUAAACUCAACAAAUCACCUCGGGAUAUUUCAACUAAGUAUAACAGUUUAUUUAUAAUAGGUAGGUACACCUGAAUAAAAAUUUUUUCACGACUCGAAAGUUCAAAAGAGUUACAUGUUGCAUAAUCGGAGAAAAGGAAUUAGCAUCCUGUUACCCAAUCAAAGUUUUGCAUGCUUAAUUGUAGGAGUGAAGGGAAACUCAUAUAUGUACCUUAUAUGUGACGUCCCACGGGUAAAGGUACCUUAUGGUGGUUGGGGCUUACGCUAUUAUUAACGCCGCUCCAAUAUUAUUACGGCGCUAUGUGACGUAAGUGCCAUCCGCCAUAAGGCACCUUUUUCCGUGGGACAUCACAUAUGAGUUUUUCACCUAGAUGUCUACUGAUUCUAAGAUGUACAGUAGCUGUCGUAUGAUAUUUGGCAGUAAGUUAUCUAUUUUGUAAUAGUUUGACUAUUCCUCAUAGACAAUAGAUUUGUCUACCUAAUAACUUUGGUGCUUAAUAAUUUACUUAUUUCAUACUGAAUAAAUGUUGAAUCUAUACGUGUAAGAUAAAUGUUAUCAUAAUAAAUAAUUUAUAAGAGACGUCGAUAUCAGACUGAUUCUAUUUAAUAAGACAAAAGAUUUUAUAAGCAAAUUUAUUUAUGAAAAGAUUUAUAGUAAAUGUGAUAUUGUUUAUAUUGACGACAAAUAUGAAAUGAAGAUUUACGCCAAA